AUGGCUGACACCAAGACUCCUCGUGCUCCCACUGAUAAGGAGGCUUUCUUCUUUCUCACCAUCAUGCAAUGUAUGACCAACAAGCCAGAGGUUGACUGGAACAUGGUUGCCACCCGUGCCGGUUACUCCAAUGCCAACUGCGCCAAAGUUCGUUUCGGACAAAUCAAGAAGGCCAUCGGCUACAAGGAAGAUGGAUCCCACCCACCAACCACCACCCCCACCAAAGGCCGUGGCAAGAAGGAUACCAACGUCGGUUCCGGAACCAACACAACUCCCACCAAGGUCACCAAGCCUCGUGCUCCUCGCAAGCCCAAGGUAACCAAGGCUAAGGUCAAGGCUGAGCCAGGCACCCAAGCUGAGGUCGAGGAAGAAGAUGAGAAGUUCGUCGACGCUGAAGCUGGCGAAGUCGCCGAGGAGGAAGCCGAUGCUUACACCUUCGACAACGCUCUUCACGAGCAGCUCUACAACAACUACCAGCAGUACCAGAAUGGUCAUCAUGAAGAUGAGGAGGAGAUCUGA